AGUUUUCACAAAUGGCGAUAGCGUCAGGAGCAUUGUCAAAAUUUUCUGAUGCAUAUUUUGCUUGAUUGCGAAAGUUAACAGAAAAUGUAGUUUAAUUUUUAUUGCAAAAUAAUCUACAUAGUUGAAAUACUACUUAAGUAGAAGGUACACACAAAUGGAUAUACAAGUAAAGCCCAUUACUGAAAAUGGUGGAAAAGGAGAUAAUCAUGAAACAAAGACAAUAGAUAAAGAUGAAAAUGUAGCUGAACAUUUGGAGAAGAACCCUCUUCAUAUAAAUGUAACCAAUCAUCAACCAGUAGAACGUCAAGAUUCACUGCCAAUAUCUCCUGGCCCCCUAUCACCUGACCCUGUACACGAUUUACCAGUAGAAUUACUGCAAGCUGGAUGGAGGAGAUUUUGGAGUAAGAGAGAACAGCAACCUUACUUCUUCAAUAAAUUAACCAAUGAAUCAUUAUGGGAAAUGCCACAGUUGAAGUCGGGUCAUGGAUCCCCUAAUUUACUGACGGAUCCUUUAGGGAUUGGAGGAGAUCAUCCUGCACCUGUUCCCAGCAGUACAGAUACACGUUUGUGUCGCCCCAGCACAGACAUUCCUCCUCCUCAAGUGGGAGAGAAAAGACGAUUAAGUGGGGAUGUUGGUGAUAGUUCACCUAAAAAACCAUUUACUUACAGUCCAUUUUGGAACUUUGAAAUUCCUACAAAUGCAGUAAUAUAUGAAAGAAGCCCAUGUAUUCUGCCUCCACCACAUCCAGAAAUGGAAUCUCUACGAGCCCAGUUAACAGCCAAACUGAGGCAACAUUACCAAGAAUUGUGCCAUUCAAGAGAAGGUAUUGAUGCUCCACACGAGUCAUUCAACAGAUGGUUGUUAGAGAGAAAAGUAAUAGAUAAAGGAACAGAUCCCAUGCUGCCGUCUAACUGUAUGCCUGAGGUGUCACAAUCCAUGUACAGAGAAAUAAUGAAUGAUAUUCCAGUCAAACUGGUCAAACCAAAGUUCUCUGGGGAUGUAAGACGACAAUUGUUCAAAUAUGCUGAAGCUGCUAAGAAAAUGAUUGAAACCAGGAGUGCAACACCCGACAGCAGAAAGAUUGUUAAAUGGAAUGUAGAAGAAACAUUUUCUUGGUUAAGACGACCAGGGGGCGCUGCUUAUGAUGAUUAUUUGGAAAGAUUAGCUCAUCUGAAGAGACAAUGUCAGCCACAUUUAACAGAGACAGCAAAAAGUUCUGUUGAGGGAAUCUGUACUAAAGUUUAUAAUAUGUGUUUGGAAACUGUGAAAAAACUUCACGAAAGACAUUGGCAAAUUAUGAAUGAAAACAAUAUCCAAGAAAUUCCGAAGGCACCAGUUCCGCCCAAAAGAAAAGUAUUAUGUUAUCCUGUUCAGAUGAUUGUACCAGUGCCCAGAUUACCAAUUAUUGAAAUGACAAAUGAAAAUGAGGUCCAUACAUUGAAGUUCAAAGGAGAAAGUCUGCGGAUUAACAGUCCUCAUUUCUUUAAACUUGAGCAGUUGUAUAAAAUACAUGCUCGAGAUGACCCCCGGUUUGACCAUUACUUAGCAAGAGUAUGGUGUUUACUGCGAAGAUAUCAUACAUUAUUUGGUAUCCAAGCUUCAGAAGGGUUUGGAUUACAGGGAGCCUUGUCAAUACAGAUAUUAGAAUGUUUACAUCGUAUCUUUGGAGUGACAUUUGAAUGUUUUGCUUCACCUUUGAACUCUUAUUUUAAACAAUAUUGUUCAGCAUUUACAGACACUGAUGGCUAUUUUGGAUCUAGAGGACCCGUAUUAGAUUUCCAUCCUUUGAGUGGAUCAUUUGAAGCCAAUCCUCCAUUCUGUGAGGAAUUGAUGGAGUCCAUGGUUGACCACUUUGAGAAUUUAUUAACCGAAUCACAUGAGCCAUUAUCAUUCAUUGUAUUUAUACCAGAAUGGAGGGAUCCUCCUAUAGAAGCUCUUAUCAGACUGGAAUCCAGCAGAUUUAAAAGAAAACAAGUCACGUUACCUGCAUAUGACCAUGAGUACAGACAAGGGUUUCAACAUUUUUGUCCAAAAGAGGAAGUGAAUAUGAAAUCUGCUCAUGGAACAUUAGUUAUAUUUUUACAAAAUGACGCUGGUUUUGCACGAUGGGGGCCAACGCCAGAGAGAUUGAAAGAACUAUUAUUAGCAUCAAAACCUAAAGACACAGUAUGACAAAGAGUGGCAUACUAUUAUAAAUGGCAGCUAAAUAUGGAAAUGUUUAUUUAUUUAUUGAGUCGGUGCUUGUUAUAGAGAACAAAUACUUAAUGGAUAAAAUAUUUGUUGUGUUAAAAUGUUUACUUGUUGUUAAAGUACAAAUGAACUGUUGUUAUUGAGGACUUCAUUUUAAUUAUGAAAAUAUAACAAAACCAGAGUUCCAUUCAGAUUUUGUGUAAUAACUUAUAUACAAAGGAUAUUCAUUGUUUUGUACUGUGGAUUCAUUUAUUAUUGUGGAUUGAUGAAAAAUUGCAUAUUCUUGGAUAUUUGAUUUCAUGGUUUUGUCAAUCUAAGAUUGUAGACAAAAACCUAUUGCAAAUAUAAUAUUUGUUGAACAUUUGAAUUCAAGGUUCACCUGUACCCAUGAAAAUUGGUAUCCAACGAAUAAUAAUGAAUCCACAGUAUGUUGAUUCAAGAACAGAUGGACUCUUCUAAGAUUCAGAUUUAAUGUUGACUGUUAAUUCUUUAUGUUCUGUAUUAUUAUAUAAAAACUCAAUGAGUCAGUUAUUGGUGUAUAAAAUCCACUCAUUUAAUCAGAGGAAUUCCUGCCAUUGAGUGUUAUAAGCAUUUCAAAUUUCAUCAUGUGAACUGCUUUUUUGUCAGUAUGAAAUUAUAAAUGUUGUAAAAUUCAGAUUUAUAUUUUUCUAUGCACUCUUUAUGGAGUUUCCAAUGUUAUUUCUUAUCAAAAUAAUGCUUUCCAAUGUAUUUUAAAUAGAAAUAUAGAAUUAAUGAAAACUAAAAUUUCAAAUGCAAAAAAAAACAUGGUUUAACCAGUAAUAUAAACUUUUGAACACUUCUUGAAAAGAUUUCACUAGCUGAACAAACACAAUACCAUACUAUCUUGUAAGGUAAUCAGCUUCAAGUGAAUUAGCAUUGAUAAUCUAAUUUCAUACAAAAUUUACCUUAUGUUUUGGUUACAUUUUGAAAUUAGAGAUAUUGAUUGUUUCUUAAAUGUUUUUAAGUUAAGGUUGUGUUUGUUUAUUAGAUAUAUAUAAUAAAUCAAGUAAAGGGAUUUUAAUUUGAUAUGAUGUAUAAAAAAAACACUGUUAUUUGAAUGACUUGGGUUAUUUCAAAGAAGCAAAAAGUAAAAUCACAAAAAUACUGAACUCAGAGGAAAAUCAAUUUGGAAAGUCCAUAAUCACAUGGCAAAAUCAAAAAACAAAACGCAUCAAAAACGAAUGGACAAGAACUGUCAUAUUCCUGACUUGGUACAGGCAUUUUCAAAUGUAGAAAAUGGUGGAUUAAACCUGGUUCUAUAGCGCUAACCCUCUCACUUUAAUAACAGUCUCAUCAAAUUCCGCUACAUUUACAUGAUGCGUUAAAUAAACAGUCACAAUUAAUAAAAUAGUCAAAAUAUGGGUACAUCAGUCAUCAUCGUAUAACAAUUUUAAAAGGAACAAUUUAACAGGACAUAAAAACAUCUACUUUCUACGAACACAUGGAUUGAUUUGAGUGUCUGACGUCAGAAAAAUUAUAUAUGUCACAUAAAUUUGUCGUUCAAUGUGCAUACAAUAGUUAUCAAAAGUGCCAGGAUUAUAAACAAUUUUAAAAUUUACAUAGGCAAUGAACGCAUACAGGGUUAAAAAAUCAAAAGUUUGUAAGAAUAAAUUACAGAAAUAGACCGAGAUUCAAACUAGUCCAAAAGUUAUACAUAGAA